UAUGCGUCAUGCUAGGCUACUCGAAAUGCAGCAGGAAAGUGGUUUAUUCGACUUGCAAGACAGCAGGAGAAAUGAUUGAUAUGGGACCAGACCAGUCUUCUUCAGGAUUGUGAGGCCUCCUCUCUGAGAGUUAUAAUGAGUUAUCAUCAGGGGGCUAAGGGUGGUGCCAUCCCUAAAGAAAGACAGAAGGAUGGGUCACCAAACAAGGAUCUUGAUGAGACCAUGGACCCUGAAAUGAGAUUGAUAUGGGACCAGACCAGUCCUCUUCAGGAUUGUGAGGCCUCCUCUCUGAGAGUUAUAAUGAGUUAUCAUCAGGGGGCUGAGGGUGGUGCCAUCCCUAAAGAAAGACAGAAGGAUGGGUCACCAAACAAGGAUCUUGAUGAGACCAUGGAUCCUGAUAUGAGAAACAAUUUGAAGCAUCUCCAGCUACAUACAGAUAGUCAUAUGUCUAUGAGUGACCAGAGUGACCAGUCAGGGAAUUCAAGCAUAGACCCAAGUGAUGAUGGAGACCAAAUCAUGGAUGGAAGGGUCCAUCUGCAGAGACCAGUGUCACCAGCCGCCAGUUAUCUAUCAAUGAAGAGUGACCAAUCAAUGCUUAACCCUCCUGGAUUCAAGGAGGGAGAAUUAACUAAAAAAGAGGGUGUCCUUCUGGAGAGAGCAGAGUCACCAACUCUGAGUUAUGCAUCAGCAAAAAGUCACCAGUCACUGAAUACGGAUGAAGAAGACGAGGAGGUGAACUCAGCUCAAAAAGAGAAAAACAAUUUGAAGCAUCUCCAGCUACGUACAGAUAGUCAUAUGUCUAUGAGUGACCAGUCAGUGAAUUCAAGCAUAGACCCAAGUGAUGAUGGAGACCAAACCAAGGAUGAAAGCAUCAUCAGGCCAGGAGAGGUGUUCUGUGAUGUCUGUGACGUCAAAGCUGUGAAGUUCUGUCAGACCUGCACUCUCUCCUACUGUGAGACCCACGUUAGGAAGCACUACACAGUACCUAAACUACAGAGACACACCCUGGUGGAGGUGACUGGAGACCUGGAGGAGAGACUCUGUCAGGAGCACCACAGAGCUCUGGAGGUGUUCUGCAGGACAGACCAGAAGCUGAUCUGCAGUCUGUGUGUAGUAACAGAACACAAAGGACAUGAUGUAGUCUAUGAAGAGAUAAAACAAGCAGGAAGACAGACUUUUGAUAGAGAGCAAUGUCAAAGCCCAAGGCUGGCCUCCGUUGACGAAGUGCUGCCCCCUCCUGGUGAGAUCCAGUUCCUGUCAGUGACAUCAGACUCUGUGUCUCUGACCUGGGGUCCUCCUGAGGGACUGACCGGACCACAGAAGUUCAGAGUGACCUGGGGAUGUGAUGGAGAAGAGAGCAGCCUGAGGGUGGAAUAUGGGUGUAAUGUUGAAAUAGAUGGACUCCAGCCUGGUAAAAAGUACCAGUUCAGUGUGGCUACUGAGGGAGAAGAUGGCAGACAAAGCAGAUGGGUCUCAGCAUCUGUAUUCACAGGUAAAGUAACUUGA